AACCAGCAGGCGGUAACUCUCAAGAAACUUAUUUGUGAGUGCUAUCUUGCACUCGUAAUUUGUCAUUAGACAAUUGUACCUACAGCUACUGCUUAUACUUGGUUCCACCGCUGCAAAUUCAUAUGCCGGCUUUGUUUGCCUGAUGCUGCUUGAGUUACGAAGUGAGCCGUGAGCUUCCAUAGCCAUCACCGUGACUGCAUUUCAUGUCAAUUUUUCGUGUCAUGGAGUGACUCCGCGAGUACGAACCACAGAAUACUCCUGCUAAAGAAGUCGAAUGGAAAAAAGAGCGUGGGAACCCUCAGAGCUACUUACGAGUAAUCUGCUGAAGCUAACCUGGACGGUUCUUGCACUGUCAGUUUGUAUUCGGGUUCUCACUUAGCGAAGAGUGCUGCGCUAGUUGUGCAACUGACACGUUUGGACCGUAGGCGAAGCGCUAAAGAAAGCAGUAAGGGAUGUGGCCUCCGAUACUGGAUUCGAUUCCCCCAGAGGGUCCACCGACCCCGCCUUUGAUUAAAGACAGGAGGACAGCGGAGACCAAAAAAGCCAAGGAGGAUGCAGAGGAGAAAAGGGUACAUGUGCUCUGUUUUCAUAAGCAAUAGGCGUUUUGCAGUUGUUCGACACCUGUUACAAAGCUCGUCCUCAUUUGCAUUUUGUACAAAAAAAAGAUCCGUUUCCUGGUGGCUUUCGUAACUCUAUGAAUCUCUUUUAUCAUGUAUACAUCACUCAGAGGCACGAGCUCGAGCGUCGAGCAUGGGAACGCGAGAGGAGGAUGCUCAUGCGGAAGAUUCAAACUUUGGAGAAGGUGGUUUCGAAUGACAAGCUGGAAAAGAUGGAGUCAGCAAUGGAGAGGCGGAAGCCCAAGACGUACUUCUAAGUUUGCAAUUUGGAAUGUCGCAGGUUGCUACAACUCGCACUAUUUAAUGGAUUAGUGGAAAUCGCUAACUGGCACUUAAUAAGUAUCGUGAAUGCUCCUUUUUAUCUUUCUUCUCAGGAAAAGCCCAAGUGUCCAGAUAGCUCCGCGGCCAAGGCCCGAGGGUGCAAUGGACCAGGAGGCGCUGGAAAGGCGGCCAAGAGAUCCGCCAAUCAUGCUAGAGCCUGAAUGCGUUGAGCCAUUUCCAAAUUUGAAGGAGGUCGAACGGAAGUCGCCGCGAUCACCAUCAGAGGGUCGAGCGGGAUCACCCGAAGGUCGUGCCGAAAAGACGAUACGUAUGGGGAAACUGCAGGACUUCGAUUUCAGGUUUUUACAAUUUUCUAGGUAGGGAAGUCUAAGUCCGUAGGCUAUGCCAUUACUGACUUUUCAGAAGUAUCGAGAGUGGAUGAUUGGCGAUAACCAUUUGUUUUCCUUAGAAGAUACAUCCUAUUCAUCUUUCAGGGAAGAGCUAAAAGUGAUGAACAACCUGCGGAUGGGUGCCUACUCCAAUUCUCUCUGGGAUGCCUUUUACGACUGGCAGCAUACCAUGAACCAGCCGUCGUACACGAGAGCGAAUUCAAAGUUACGUCUAUGUUUUGUUGAAAGUUCCAAGGGGGCUGUAAGUUUUGAGAUUCAAGGUGUUUUUGUGCCGGUCUUACUUAGGCUUUGCCUUAGAGGUUGAGUAAUAAUAGUUUUGAAAGUUCACUUCUAAUAACCAGUCCUUCGAAAGGUGGUGGAAGCACACGGGGUAGUCCAGCGAAGGCGAGACAAAAUGAAGGGUCCUCACCAUCAAAGGGAACCGGUGGGACCUCAUUACAAAGGCACCCGAGCUCAAGUCCAACCAAGCAUAAAUCGAGCAGCGGGGGAUGAGCAGAUUUCCGAUUGAAGAGAACAGACGGAAGAACUCAUUCAAUUUUGGAAAUCAAGAUCGUGUUCAUGAACUGUCACAGUGAAUGAGGUCCACGGCCUGCAAUCUUAUCAGUCGAAGAUAAGAUCUGCCUACC